AUGGGAUCAAACCAGAUACCCGCCUUGUCCAGCGGAGCACUGAUUGCACGGUGCAGAACGACGAUGGACGUCGUUGGACCCACCGCCGCGGGGCUGCACGGGCGAGAAGGACCGCCGUCUCUGCCAACUGAAUGCAGCACUCCGCUCAGGGGCAGGGCGGUGCAGAAGGCAGUGGUGAUGGGGGACAAGGUUACAGAGACGGGUGGGUUGCUACCGGCGCUGGCCUGUGGCGCUGGAUUGUAUCUUGUGUUCUCACGAGGUGUGAUGGUAGUGGUGGAGGAGGUUGAGGAAGUGGUGGCUGCGGAAAGCCUUGUUGGGGCGCGCAGAGUCGACGGCGAGUGGGUUUCAUCGGUGCCACAGCCGCGCGUGGCAAUAAACCUUCGACUGCAUCUGGUGCUGCUGAGCGCGCAGCUGUUCCCAGGUGAUGGCGACGAUCCAUCGGCAAGCGUAACACUCAUCACGUGCUUGGAAGAGUCUUCGACCUUGACAAGUCCUCCAGCAGCCCACGUUGGCGACGCCGCGAUAGGCGGCGAUGGAUUUCUAUGCCUCACGGAUAAAGCAGACCGUAAUGGCUGUUUGGUAUCCAUUAAAGCGUGA